GCGGGCACAGCCCGCCGCGCCCGGGGCUGGGGGCGGCGAGGUCACGUAACGGCCUCGGGCGUCUGCCGGGGAGGGGGCCUCCUGCGCGCCGCGGCUCCGAAACAGUUAGCGGCUAGUAAACAACAGCUGCGCGCGCACCCGCAUCAGCUGGCGCGGGAUCCCGCACCUGCGACCGACCUCCUCCUUCCUAGCCGGGACCAGCCUGCGUGGCCGUCUUCUCGGCUGAGACCCAAGGAAAACCGGCGAGAGGCCACCCGCACCAGCCCGGGGGAAAACGCGUCCUGUCACAAGCCGCGCAAACGCGGCGAGUGGUCGUGGGCUCGAGGGACUCGCGACGACCUGCCACGACCCGGAGCUGCCGUCGGAGCUGCCCUGAUCCGCUAGCCGCCACCUCCAGCAUCUCUGUCAGGACGAGAUCUCUGGGAGACAGAAAUCCACUCUGCCCCGGCAUCCUCUCGUUGCUCUCCUAUUUCUCUCCAUCCUGUAGUGUGGGGGGUAUUUUUCCCGUUAUGCAUGUGCAUCUCUCCCACCAGACCCAAGUGGAUUGUCGACCUCAAAAACAUCGAGUGGCUCAACACACACCUCCUCCCAGCCAGACCUGUGGGGUAUUCACCUGAUACACAACAGGUGGCCGGUGCACAUCUUUUUGCAAUCUGAUCCACGCUAUCUAUAGUCUCCUGAUAAGGGUGGGCCUGCAUGCUCUUUUCCUCAGCUAGAACCGUGGGAUACUCAGCAGAUAAAGGACUAACUACCUCAUCGGGACCUGGGGGUUGAGCAGAGGGAGGCCGAAACCAGCAGCUGUGAAAUCAUGGCGUGGAACCCUCAGCCCUGGACCAGGGAAGAUAGCUAGGAUCCUGAAGGAACCAAGUUACACAAGAUUAGCAUCGUUUUGUUCUCAUUUUGUUUUCCAAAAAUUAAUUUUCAGUUACUGGCUGUGCACUUUAUAAAACAGUUGGCUUGAAUUCUAAGUGGAAGGAUUCUUAAUUGGGCCUUUGUGGGAUGUAAAUCAAGGUAAUUGAGUUUUUUUUUCUUUCAAGUUUUCUAUUUUUGCAAUCAAAAGUAGCUAGUGUAGGAGGAAGAGUUUUUGUGAGCUUUUCCUUUUUUCUUUGUCAAAAAGGGGGGAAAAAUGCAUCCUCCAGAAGCCACCGCCAAGAUGUCUUCAGUUCGGUUCAUGGUGACACCAACAAAGAUUGAUGACAUUCCAGGUUUGUCAGACACCAGCCCGGACCUCAGCUCGCGAUCUAGUUCCCGAGUAAGAUUUAGCUCCCGAGAAAGUGUGCCAGAAACAAGCCGUAGUGAGCCUAUGAGUGAACUGUCUGGCGCCACCACUUCUCUGGCAACUGUGGCCCUAGAUCCUUCCAGUGACCGGAUUUCUAACCCCCAGGAUGUUACUGAGGAUGAUGGACAUAAGAAAGCUCGAAAUGCUUAUCUCAACAGUUCCAACUAUGAAGAAGGAGAUGAGUAUUUUGAUAAAAAUCUGGCACUCUUUGAGGAAGAAAUGGACACCAGACCAAAAGUGUCAUCUCUCCUCAACCGCAUGGCCAACUAUACUAACCUGACACAGGGAGCAAAGGAGCAUGAAGAGGCAGAGAACAUCACUGAAGGGAAGAAGAAGCCUACCAAGAGCCCCCAAAUGGGUACUUUUAUGGGCGUCUACCUCCCAUGUCUACAAAAUAUUUUUGGAGUGAUCCUCUUCCUGCGUCUUACCUGGGUAGUGGGCACAGCUGGAGUCCUUCAGGCCUUUGCGAUUGUCCUUAUCUGCUGCUGCUGUACAAUGUUGACUGCCAUCUCCAUGAGUGCCAUUGCCACUAAUGGAGUGGUGCCAGCUGGGGGCUCAUACUUCAUGAUUUCCCGGGCCCUGGGCCCAGAGUUUGGUGGGGCUGUUGGCCUCUGCUUUUAUCUGGGCACCACAUUUGCAGCAGCCAUGUAUAUUCUUGGUGCCAUUGAAAUUUUCCUGGUAUAUAUCGUCCCUCGAGCUGCCAUCUUCCGCAGUGAUGAUGCACUCAAGGAAUCAGCAGCCAUGCUAAAUAACAUGCGUGUCUAUGGCACAGCCUUCUUGGUCCUCAUGGUCUUGGUGGUAUUCAUUGGCGUACGCUAUGUGAAUAAGUUUGCCUCACUUUUCCUGGCCUGUGUAAUUGUGUCCAUUUUGGCUAUCUACGCUGGUGCCAUCAAGUCUUCCUUUGCUCCACCACACUUCCCGGUCUGCAUGCUGGGCAACCGCACCCUUUCAUCAAGACAUCUUGAUGUUUGCUCUAAGACCAAGGACAUUAACAACAUGACAGUGCCAUCAAAGCUAUGGGGAUUCUUCUGUAACUCAAGUCAGUUUUUUAAUGCCACCUGUGAUGAGUACUUUGUUCACAAUAAUGUCACCUCAAUCCAAGGCAUUCCUGGGCUGGCUAGUGGUAUCAUUACUGAAAACCUUUGGAGUAAUUAUUUACCAAAGGGUGAGAUGAUUGAAAAGCCAUCAGCCAAGUCAUCUGACGUCUUGGGCAACUUAAACCAUGAGUACGUCCUUGCUGAUAUCACCACCUCCUUCACUCUGCUGGUGGGGAUCUUCUUCCCUUCUGUCACAGGUAUCAUGGCUGGGUCAAACAGAUCUGGAGAUCUGAAAGAUGCUCAGAAGUCCAUUCCCAUUGGAACCAUCCUUGCCAUCCUGACCACAUCCUUUGUGUAUUUAAGCAAUGUUGUCCUUUUUGGCGCAUGUAUUGAAGGAGUUGUUCUCAGAGACAAAUUUGGGGAUGCCGUGAAAGGUAAUUUGGUUGUCGGCACCUUAUCUUGGCCAUCCCCAUGGGUGAUUGUUAUUGGCUCCUUCUUUUCAACGUGUGGGGCUGGACUUCAGAGCCUCACAGGUGCACCUAGGCUGCUGCAGGCUAUUGCCAAGGAUAACAUCAUACCAUUCCUUAGGGUUUUUGGUCACAGCAAAGCCAAUGGGGAACCUACCUGGGCCUUACUUCUAACUGCUGCCAUAGCAGAGCUGGGAAUUCUCAUCGCCUCCCUGGAUCUCGUGGCCCCAAUUCUUUCAAUGUUUUUCCUCAUGUGUUACCUCUUUGUGAACUUGGCAUGUGCCUUGCAGACAUUACUCCGAACCCCCAACUGGAGGCCCCGAUUUCGCUACUAUCACUGGGCCCUCUCUUUCAUGGGAAUGAGUAUCUGUCUAGCUCUGAUGUUCAUUUCUUCCUGGUAUUAUGCCAUUGUAGCUAUGGUAAUUGCUGGCAUGAUCUACAAGUACAUUGAGUACCAAGGGGCUGAGAAAGAAUGGGGCGAUGGCAUCCGCGGGCUGUCCCUCAGUGCCGCUCGCUUUGCUUUGCUCCGCCUGGAGGAAGGACCUCCUCAUACUAAGAACUGGAGGCCUCAGCUGCUUGUACUGCUGAAGCUGGAUGAAGACUUACACGUCAAGCACCCUCGCCUCCUCACCUUUGCCUCCCAGCUCAAGGCAGGAAAGGGACUCACUAUUGUGGGCUCUGUCAUCGUGGGGAACUUCCUGGAGAACUAUGGGGAAGCUCUGGCUGCAGAGCAGACCAUUAAGCACCUAAUGGAGGCAGAGAAGGUAAAAGGAUUCUGCCAGCUGGUGGUGGCUGCCAAACUGAAAGAGGGUAUUUCACACCUCAUCCAGUCCUGUGGCCUUGGGGGCAUGAAGCACAACACAGUGGUGAUGGGCUGGCCCAACGGCUGGCGUCAGAGUGAAGACGCUCGCGCUUGGAAGACUUUCAUUGGCACAGUUCGAGUGACAACUGCUGCCCAUCUAGCCCUGCUGGUGGCUAAAAAUGUCUCCUUCUUUCCCAGCAAUGUGGAGCCAUUUUCUGAGGGCAACAUUGAUGUGUGGUGGAUUGUGCAUGAUGGGGGCAUGCUCAUGCUGCUACCCUUCCUACUGAAACAGCACAAGGUAUGGAGAAAAUGCAGCAUAAGGAUCUUCACCGUGGCCCAACUCGAAGACAACAGUAUCCAGAUGAAGAAAGAUCUGGCCACCUUCCUGUACCAUCUGCGCAUUGAGGCAGAAGUGGAAGUGGUGGAGAUGCAUGACAGUGACAUAUCUGCCUAUACAUAUGAGCGCACCCUGAUGAUGGAGCAGAGGUCCCAGAUGCUCCGGCACAUGCGACUGUCUAAAACAGAACGAGACAGAGAGGCACAGCUGGUGAAAGAUCGAAACUCAAUGCUACGCUUAACUAGCAUUGGUUCUGAUGAGGAUGAAGAGACAGAAACUUACCAAGAGAAGGUACACAUGACUUGGACCAAGGAUAAGUACAUGGCAACCCGGGGGCAAAAGGUCAAGUCAAUGGAAGGAUUCCAGGACCUACUUAAUAUGCGUCCGGACCAGUCCAAUGUGAGACGUAUGCACACAGCAGUGAAGCUCAAUGAAGUCAUAGUUAACAAGUCCCAUGAAGCCAAACUGGUUUUGCUGAAUAUGCCAGGACCACCCCGGAACCCUGAAGGUGACGAAAACUACAUGGAAUUCCUAGAAGUCCUCACCGAGGGAUUAGAGCGAGUCCUACUUGUCCGAGGUGGUGGCAGUGAAGUAAUCACCAUUUACUCAUAAUCAGCUUGUGGAAGAUUCUGCUUGGUCUUACCUUCCCUAAGACUCAUCGUCCAUGGAGAUGACAGCUCUUUCCUACCACUCCCACUCUACUCUUGCGGAGCUGAGCCCCAACUAUGCUCUUGGACAACAUGAUCUGCUAUCCCAGCAGAGGCAAAUAUUCCCUUACGAUCAGAACGACCAAGUCCUAAAAGCUAUUCCUAUGGCAGGAGAAGGCAAGCCAAAGUUAACAAGCUAAGCCAAAGGGAAUCUUUUGGCACUGCUUGAAGGUAGUGAGUUAGUAAAACAUAUGCUAGAAACUAAACUAAAAGCAAAAAAACAAGUUAAUAUCCAACAUUCAGGAUGAGUCUCAGAAGACACGGUUCAAUGACAACAGAGAGGUGACAGCCAGUCAGCCUCACCUUAGCAAAAAAUGAGCGGCCAAGUAAAUGUUACCGUUGUUGGAGAUAGCCUGCAGCAAACCAAGUGAAAAUUUAGGAUACUAAUAUACAAAACCUGAAAAAUAGCUGCAGCUUCUACUUUUACUCAAAAAUCAGAUCCCCCAGAUACUAAGUGUUACUGUCUGUGCUGUGCCACUGUAUAUUUCAACGGUGUUUCUUUUAAAACCCAGGCUGUGGUUGUAAUGCAGACAGUGUUACUAUGGAAAAAGGUUUUUGAAAGGUAAGAUGUUUUUCUGGUUUUCAAAUGGCUGGACAGGAUUCCAGAGAGUACUAUUAAAAUCUGCACAAAGCACACAAUGUAUUAUCUUAAGAAUUGGAGGUUGUUAAGCAGCUUAACCAGGAGGGUCUCUUCUUUUAUCCUUAGUAGGCACUAGUUUAAAAAAAAAAAAAAAAGCUGUAAGAGACAAGAGACAAUAGGACUGUGUACUGUUACCUCUGAGGGGUUCAGCAGUGGAACUGGGCAUGUGAGAGCCAUACCCUUUACAUGGUGCCAAAAUUAUCUGUCUAAAGUAGCAGCAGACAGGUUCGCAUUGGCCUGACAUAAGCAGCUUUUCUUUUACAAGAAAUCAAUCUGUAGUCUCUUUACCAAAGCCAUAGUGAAGACUUGAGGCGCUCACCUCCAUGCCCAAAGCUGAGCUAGCCCCCUUGCAAUGUUAUUCUUCACUCGGACUCCAGAAACUUGGCUCUGAACCAAGUGGUUCCCUAAGCCAAUGAUCUGCUCUGUCAGUUUUGUUUUCAGAAAUCUCUAAAUGUGCCAAGGAAA